AUGGUGACCUCUUCGAAGAAAUCUAUUGUUCUAAAGAUUAAAGACCUGGUUGCUUUGGUUACAAAAGAAGUCUAUAAGCUUUAUAAAUUUAGUCUUGGAAUUCAGAAGAAUGUUGAUGUUAUUCUUGGUUAUACAAGAACAUUAAUCAAGGACAUUCAUGCUUUCAAUAAGGAUUUUGCUGUAGAGUUAAAGUUAAAGAAAGAAUCUUAUUCAACUAUCUUUAAAAUCAUUGGCAAUUCUCUCACAUAUUCUUGUUUUAAAACUCAACUUGCUCCAAUUCUAGAUAUUGUUCUUCGAUUGCCCGCAAAUGCUAUACGCCCAUCGAUGCUCAUGUCACAAGGGGAAGAUAAGGGUGGUUCAUUGAAGGAUGGAGGAGGAGAUAAAGGAAAGGUAGUUGGAAAAGUUUUUUAA